CGAACAGAUCACGAAAAGCUUCAAUUUCAGAAUAAUGGCGAUUGAUCGAGAAGCCAUGAAGGAAGGAGGAGGAAUAUCAGAAAUGGAGUUCAAAGACCUCGAGCUUCCCGCCGACUCUAUAGAUGCAUCUGUCAUGUUUCAUCUCGUAAUGGACGUUCUAGGGUUUGUUCUUUUUAUGCACCAGCAAAUCCCUUCGAUCUUGCAAGAUCUCAGUCUUGAGUUUGAUGAUAUGAAUACAGAGUAUAAAGAUUUGGAAGUAGCUAUUGCAAAUAGUGAAAUGAAGGCGUCUCAACGUAGAAUUCAAAUGGGAAGAAAGAGACAAGUGAAACAUGUCAUAAGAAGACUUGAAAAGCUGAUGAAAACUGUUGCUGAUACCCAAACUGCCCUCCAACUGGUCUUCAGUGACAUUCCACAUGUCGAGGCAGUCAUUUUGGUUCUUGGAGCUAGUCCCGUUCGGCCUAGACGCGUUUAUGAGUUUUGCUUUUCACACGGAAAAGAUGUUUCCGACGCUUGUGAUUUCACUAAAACAAGAGUAGCAGAAGCGUUUUCGAAAAAGGUCAUCAGGACACUGGUAGCCAAAGGCGCUGGAUCUGAAUCUUAUGCAGGCCCUUCAAAGUUGUUCUUGUUGGUUAAAGCUCCUUCUUCUUUCAAUAUGCCUCUGCAUUUUCUUCCCAAGCGUGAUUUUAGAUGCAACAAAAAGAUAGUGCCUAUGAGAUUAAGAAUCAAGUGUAGAAACCAAGAUCGAGCGGUUCAUUCUCUAAAUUGUGACCCUCAACCUGCGAACCCAAGCAACAUGUUGGAUUCUACUUCAAAUGAAUACAUCUGGUUUCAGUGCCGGCAUGUUAUCAAGGGUUUGGCUUGGAAGUCUUCAGCCGAAGAGUGAAAAGUAGAUCAACAAAGCUGGUGUUGCCAAGAUACCGAGACAUGAUAUGUCACAAGUUGGCUUCCAAGCAGUUGGGAACAACAAAUGCGGUUGUAUUAACAAUAGGAGAUUAGGAGUUUCAUGAUGUCUAAAUUGUACCAUCAAAACACCUUUUGUAACGUGGACUUAAAACUUGGUAGAAAAUUGAUAGCAUGCGUCUUGUCUGAAUUUUUGUCUAGUGGCAUAUGCUAUUUUAGGACCACAUUCUUUGGUAAAAAAUCUAACUGGUGUUAGUUUGAUGAA